AUGGGUUUGAUACUUGAUAAAUGCUGCUGCACUAACGAUGCUAAAUUUAGAGAUUAUGAGGAUUUUAAUACUCCUGAGCAGUCUAGAAUUAUACAGCCGUUGAAAUAAGAGCGCAAGCCAUACAAUAAUAAGAACAGAAUUACUGGCGGAGAGGAGGGAUCACAAAGAAGAACUACUACCUAAGAAAGAGAAAACGACCGACAAGGGACUGAAAAUGACACAAACAGUGAUUACUCUGGCUAGAAAAUCAGUCGGACGAAACUCAAUGAGAAAGAUUUCAGCUCAGAGUUUGUCAAAGAAAAUAUACAGAACUACUACAAUAUAGGUAAAGAAAUUGGUAGUGGGAAGUAUGGGGUAGUUAGGCUAUGCCAACGUAAAUCAUUUGAAAGAAAGAGAUUUGCUCUCAAAUCAAUCUCCAGACAGAAAAUGAAUGCCGAUAUCAAUCAAUUCGAAUAAGAGUUUGAGAUAUUAAAGUCUGUAGAUCACCCAAACAUCAUCUAAUUUUAUGAGACAUUUGUAGAUGACCACUAUUUCCAUCUAGUAACAGAGUUUUGCGGUGGUGGUGAGUUAUUCGAGCAUAUUAUUUAAAGAGGCAAGUUUAGUGAGUCCUAUGCUGCCAAGAUAAUAAAGCAAGUCCUGUCAGCCAUCAAGCAUCUCCAUGAUAAAGGCAUCUGCCAUAGAGACUUGAAGCCUGAAAAUAUUCUAUUUGAAAGUAAGAGUAAAGAGGCUUAAGUAAAGCUAAUUGACUUCGGACUAGCUAAGUAUUUCAGUCCAAAAGACAGUAACCAUUUAAUGAAGACCAAGAUUGGAACUCCUUAUUAUAUGGCUCCUGAAGUUUUGGAGGGUGCUUAUGAUGAGACUUGUGAUAUGUGGAGUAUAGGAGUUAUCACCUACUGCUUACUCUGCGGCUAUCCACCGUUUAAUGCUGAGACAGAUUAGCAGUUGUUUAGGAAGAUCAAGUUGUGCGACUACGAGUUCCACCAUCCAGAGUGGAGUUCAGUUAGUGAGGAUGCCAAGAAUUUCAUUCAAUGCCUUAUUCUCCCAAACUCCAAACUAAGAAUGUCACCAGAAAAAGCACUAGCACAUCGCUGGAUAAGAUCUGCGCCCAGAGAGUAAAUAAGCAGAUCUGUAAUGACACGUUUAGCCUUAUUCAAAAAACCUAAUAUUUUCCAAAGAGAAAUUCUCCUUUUAUUAGGGGCUUUGCUGAAUAGUAAAGAAUUAAAAGAAAUAAGAGAUACAUUCUCAGCUAUUGAUGAGGAUUCCUCGGGCGCUAUAUCGAUGGCAGAAUUACAAAAUGCAUUUAGACAAGCUGGUCAGGCAAGAAAGGAAGAAGAUAUUGACGAGAUUAUUAGGAAAGUUGACUAUGACUAGAACGGAGAGAUCAAUUACUCCGAAUUUGUUUCAUGCACUCUUGACAGAGGUCUUUUGAGCAAAGAUAAUCUUUGGAAGGUUUAUAAGUAUUUGGAUUCUGAUAAUUUAGAAUUGCUGACCUACGAUACAUUAAGAUAAAUCUUUCAAAGAAAAGGAGACUUUGUUGAAGACAGAUUCAAUAAAAUGGCUUCAGAGGUAGGAUUAACUAUUCCAUAUAAAGGUAGAAGAUAGACUAUGGAUGAGAGAGAUUAAUAGUAGGGUAUUAACUUUGAUAGGUUCUGUGAUAUAAUGGGUGUCGAGAACAAGGAUUUAUCUAGUAUGGAAAACAUCAAACAAAUUUAGAUACCACAGCUUAAAACGAUUCUAUCAUAAAAAGGACCGAGUAGCAGAGAAAUAAGAAGCAAUAGUUAAAUUAGAUGA